AAAUGGACCAAAUUAUUGAUACUACGAGUAGUACCACAAUUAUUAUGUUUCAAAAUUAUUAUGUUUACGAUUAUUAUGUUUCAAAAUUUACCCCGCAGGGUUCGUUGCUACCGCCUCUGGGCUGCUGCAAAACGCCUGAGAGAAGCCGAUGCGCUUACGUCAGUAUACAAGUCAGUGCAAGACUUGGAAGUGCAAAGAGAUAAAAGUUUCUAUAUUCCUUAACUUUGAGCAGUAAUAAUCUGGAUUCGGCUUAUCGAUGUUUUUAAUAUCCAAGUUCUCGGGGUUGUGUUGAUUCUGGUUGAAAUAUGUCGUUCAAGAUGGAAGUGGAUGAGCCAACGGAGCGAUCGGUGCUGGAUUGGCCAGUGUCGCAUGUUGAGGAGCUCAUGGCCAACGUGGUGCAAGCUCUGCCCAAGAAAGACUCUGUCUCUUACCAAAAACGGCUGAACAAAUUAGACUGGAGCACCUUAACAGUCCGCAACCGCACUGCUGAAGAUUGCCGGAGCCAGUUUGAGAAGAUUCUUCAGAACGACCAUAUUCGCAAACAUCGAACUCUAUCUGAACUGGUAACAGAUGCGAGAGCGUGGGUUAAUGAUCCACAUAGCAGUAUUCUCCGGCCACAAGAUCAUCCUGAAUUCCCGAAGCACCCGAUGAAUGCAUUUAUGAAUUAUAAAAAUGCCAUCAUGCGGAAGAUGAGGAAAAAAUAUCCGGAUCUGGGCAUCGCCCAACUUACUCAUAAAAUCAAACAACGCUAUGACAAACUGGCACCGGAAAGCAGAAAAGAAUGGGACGAUGACUACGCGAGACAGAAAGAGCAGUAUACCGCCUUGAGAAGCGAGUUUUUUGUGCAGCAUCCCGAAUACGCGGUCGCGCUCCUUCCCAACGGUACCGGCAAAAAAAGGAGGAAAACGAAGGCCGCGGAAAAGAGAGAGCUCAGAGCUCCACAACCGAGGAAGCCGCUGUUUGCCUUCGACUAUUAUUGUCGGAAGAAAAUGGCAGAAGGCGAAACGGAAUUGUCCAAGGAAAGGAAAGAAGCAUUCAAAGAAAAGUGGAAUGCAUUGAAAGACACGAGAAAGGCGAAAUUCAUUACGAUGGCACUCGAAGAUCAACAGCGCUACGAUAAAGAACUGGAACUCUUCAAGAGACAGCAUCCGGAAGUUCUCAUUAAACCCAUACGAAACCGCGUAACCCUCGACGAACGACAAAUAUAUAAACACGUUCUGGGACGUCCAGAACUGAAAUACAAGAAUACUUACCAUCUGUUUUGUAAAGAAUUCAGUGAACGGGGUUCGGGCAUCAACAGCAGGGAAUGGAUGAAAGCGGCGUCUGACGCCUGGAAGAACCUAGAUAGUGAUGAAAAAAUUCAGUAUCAGAAUCAGUUGGAGGAGAUGCGAAAGGAGUAUAUUGAGCAGUGUGAAAGGUAUCUUGAAAAAAUUCCCGAAGAGCGGAAAGAAGAAGAACGACGUAUACUGGAGCAAGCGAUGCCACUCGGGAAGCAGUCGAACAGUAAACCUCGGCCCAUGGUGCGCCUUUUUAACUCCGACGAUGAUAGCAACGACGUCACUAAUUCGGCCAAAAAGAAGACUCGAGCUGACAAAGCCCUGGAAGCGAAGAUUCUAGAAUAUGUAAGGUAUGACAACGAGGACGCGAUACAAGAAGAGCAUCCCUACGCGACGGAAAAAGAGAUCAGUGUUUUCCUGAAAAAAUGUUACGAAGACCUGUCUGAGGAACAAAAGGUGAAUUAUCAAGCGAAAGCUGAACGGUUUUUGUCCAAAAAGAAACUGUUUUAAGAAAUGCAUUUAGAAGUGUACAUUUUUGGUGGCCUUCACAGUGUUAUUGUUAUUUUUGGUAUUUUUGUUUGUUGUUUCUAUUUAGUUCCAUUUUUCAGUAUUGUAAAUUUGUAAUGCAGUUACAUUUGUCAAUGAACACACUCUUUGGUGCGUGUAGUUAGGUUAUGCUGUUGGUAUCUACCGAGAAUAACCGAAAUAAUAGCGGUGA